UUUCAGGUGUACGCGUCUCCUCAAAUUCAAAAAUGAUAUUAUCCAAAAUAAUCCGUCCAGAAGUGGCUUUUAAUGAUCAAACCGACAGAGGAAAAGGGCGGCUGAUUGUCAUUAAGAAGACUGAAAAACCGGGUCUUUUAAACCUGGCUGCAAUGUUCCAAGCUGGUGCCGACAUGAGCGACACCAGCGGGGACGAGGAUGAAACUGUCCCCGCACGAGUUGGACAGGCUGCUGGAAGAACCGAUGACUCGGAAGUUGACAAUGAUGAGGGGAACAAUUUUUUUAGGUUCCAAAGAGCGGCUCCUGUCUACCCAAAAAAUAUGAUCAAUCAUAAUUUAGAUGGCGCAGCAACUACUGGAAUGCGUAGAACUACUAGUUCAAUUGCAAGGAUCUCAAUGGCUAUUCGUCGUUCGCUGCGAUUGCCAAGACGUGCUGAAACUAGAAUGGCUGCUCGAGAAGAACAAGUUUUGGUAGAACCAAUUCCAGAAGGACCACUUUUCACCGAAAAUACGAGAGACACGCGAAUUGGUGAAUCGAGUGUUCCGAAUCUUCUCCAGGAAAUUGUUGACAACAAACGCCUGAAUCGAUAUGAAAAGGUCAAAAAAAUAAUACGUCGAACGGACUGGCCGGUUUGUCACGAAAUUCGUGCAAAUCUCUGGAAAGAGCUGUGCAACACCAAGGAUUGGUCAGGCAGCAAACGAUUGUAUUCUGAUGAAGCAAUCGAAUAUGAUAGAAUUAAUCAAGGCAAAAAACAAUCGCCUCAGAUCCUGGCAGAUGAAGGUGGAGUGCUCAGUAAUUUUGAUUUGAAAGAAGUCGGAUCUGUGAAAUUGAUUCGGCUUCUGCUGAUUAUUGAGAGACUUCGUCCGGAAAUUGUGUACGCACCAUCAAUCUACCCGUUGUGCUCAUUGCUGCUCCAUUUCAACGACGAUGAUGGUGACUGUUUUGCAUGCAUCAAUUAUUUGCUCAACACCAAGGGCUAUUUGAUGACAGCACCUGUACAAUGGGCCGCAUCUAGUCAUACAAUUUUGGCACUUGUCAAAAAGCACAAAUCUGCAGCGUACGUGUUGCUCAAAAGACGACUUGGUACCACUGACGACAGUGUGCUUGUGAAAUGCAUAGAAGACUGGUUGCUAUGGUUGUUCCAAUAUCUGCCCUUGCCCUACAUCUGUCGAAUUGUCGAUUGUUAUUUUGCCGAGGGCCACAAGUUUCUGAUUCGUUCUGCUAUUUCUAUUGUCUAUAUUUGGUCGAAAGUGCAUAAGAGAGGAAUGGAAGACUUCAGAGGAAAAUCUCUUCAAGAAAAGAUUGAUUCAAUUAAGAAGGAAUUCCAGGAUGUUGCCACUAACAUUUCGGUGAGCACAAGCACAUUUAUUGCUACUGCCGUAAAGAUUCGUAACUUGCAAUCUGCCACAAUUGCAAAGUUACAGGCUCAAUUUGAAGAUGAGUUACGUGACGAAGUUACAUCUCGUCCUCGUCAGAUCAAGAAAGUUCGUCGUACCAUUUUCUGUGAAGCAUUCAAAUCAUGCCUAGUUGAUAAUGAUUCUGCUGUUGAACUGAUGUCAUAUAUGCCUCCGAGAUUACAACUUGUGACGCCAACUUUGGCCUACCAGCUAAGCCAGGAUGGUACCAGUUUCUACAAUUUCUGGAGCAAAGUUGACCCAUUGGAUCAAACAAUUAUCAUUAUAAAAAGUACAUGUGGCGCUAUUUUCGGAGCAUACUGCAGCUCUACAUGGUCUGAAAGACAUGACAGGAAAGAGAGGACUCGUUCAAAAUAUUGGGGAACUGGCGAGUCUUACGUGUUUCGAAUGAAUAAAGAAAUGGAGCUUCCUGAAAUUUACACGUGGGUCGGAAACUCUCCGGAUGUUUCGUCCGAUAAGUGCCCGCAGUAUUUUAUGUCAGCUACCGAUAAGUCAUUUGUGAUUGGAUCUGGAGGUCGUGAUGCAAUUCGCAUUGACGAAGAACUUACCCAUGGAAUUACGGGUCCAAGCUCCACAUUCAACAGCCCCCAGCUUUGUGAAGAUGGUGCAUUUGAUAUUUAUGAACUUGAGGUGUUCCAUGUUACUUCCAGCGACUGAGCAUUCACUCUGCCCAAGCUUUUGUUUAUUUCCUUCCUCCUGUGACGUUCUCUUCCCCCAAAUGUUUACAUUCAACCUCUCCCCAGGUUAUUGGUUAUAGUGGAUACUUAGUCAAAAUCAGGGGCUUUUUCUGCAAUAAGAUUUUAGUCCUGUCAAUUAUUUUUCAUUUUUAGUUGUGUUCCUGUUUACCUUUCCAAGUUUUUUAAAAAAUAAUUUUUAUAUUUUUUGGUACAUACCUUCCUCAUUCUUAAGUAUUGCCAAUAUUAGUAGUUCACUUAUUUUCUACAUUCCAACUUCUAGUCAAUUCCUCGUGUCUGAGAGUUUUAGUGCUACGGCAAUUGUUUAUUUUUUGCUAUUUUAUGUUGCACAAAAUUGUAAUCAGAAGCUCAUUCCAACUCCUCGCCUCCAAUGUUUGCUUUAAUUUGAAUAAGGUCAAUAAAACUUUUUAAUUUAAAAUU